UCCUCGUGAUGCAGGUUUUGAGUUGCGAGUGCCUUUUAGCUCAUAGCUGCUCGUUCUGUGCUGAAAAGGUUCAAUUUUGAGCCACUCUUGAUCAAACAUUUUCUGUGGGGAAAUGUCCUUUUUGCAAAUUUUAUCGACUAUUCAGCUUUUAUGUGUAGUGUAGAAGUAUAUUGAAAGGAAAAGAAAAAUGGAAGUAGUGAAAAAUGUGGUUGAGAGUAUUAGUUUUAUGUGCAACUCCGAGUUCUGGAGAAUGGCAGUGCUUUGGACGCUUUCUCUCAUCUCUUCCUAUAUGAGCCGGUUCUACCAAACCUUAUUCUCACAAGAGUCGAGAUGCUACCCUCGCUGUUCGCUGAAAGGCUCGACUUUUGCAUCUCUAUUGGUGGAUAGGCCAAUCUGCAUAAUAACCGGGGCCACGUCGGGCUUGGGUGCUGCCGCUGCAGAUGCUCUAGCGAAGGAGGGAUUUUAUGUCGUUCUUGUUGGAAGAUCAUCCGAGUUCUUGUCAAAGGCUGUAUCCGAGAUCAAGAGUCGAAAUCCUGAUGCUUGCCUUAAAGCUUUCAAGGUCAAUAUGUCUUCCUUCGAGUCAAUCCUCGAGUUCAAACACUCGCUCGAGCAAUGGCUACGUGACUCAAACAUGCAUCCAUCUGUUCAGCUCCUGAUAAACAAUGCUGGGAUCUUAGCAACUUCGCGUAGAGUUACUUCUGAAGGAUAUGAUCAGAUGCUCGCCACGAAUUACAUUGGGGCAUUUUGUCUCACCAAAGUUUUGCUUCCCCUUCUUGAAAACAGCCUGGUUCCUUCCCGUGUGGUGAACGUCUCAUCAUUUACUCAUUGGAAUGUUCGCUGCAGGCACGCGGACACAGAAACCAUAUCCGGGAAAUUCUUUAUGAAAUCAAAGGAUUACCCGUAUGCGUCUAUUUACGAGUAUUCCAAAUUAUGCAUAUUGCUCUUCUCGUAUGAGCUUCACCGGAAAGUUGGCCUAAUGAAGACAUCUCAACAUCUAUCCAUAGUUGCUGCGGAUCCUGGUGCCGUAAAAACAAACAUCAUGCGAGAAAUCCCUUCAUCCGUGACGACAAUGGCUUUCACAGCAAUGAAACUCUUAGGUGUUCUUCAGUCCUCAGAAACCGGUGCGAGCGCUAUUGUUGACGCGGCACUGGCCCCUCCGGAAGUAUCAGGGGUCUAUUUUUUCGGAGGGAAAGGCCAGAGUUUAAACUCUUCCGCUCUUUCAUAUGAUGCCGGGCUCGCCAAGGAUGUCUGGGAUGCUUCGUGUAGCCUGUUCGAAGAGCUGCAGACGACUGCCCGACGAGAUGGGAACCGAGCUGCUUAAAGCAUGAAAAUGAUAUUAAUCCCCCUAGAUGUUCAAGAGAGAACUUCUGAAUGUUACUUCAAUCUUAUUGGUGAAUAAAUGUUAUAAAUGAUAUUAAUCCCCCUA